CCGCAGGCGCGGGGCCCCGGCGGGGAGGGGUUUCGCGGCCCCAGCCGGGGGCGGACGGGCGGCGGGGCCGUGUGUCCUGCCCUGCCGGGGAGGGCCCUGCGCAGCGCCGCCGCCGCUGCUCCCGCUCCGCGCACAAUGGCGACUCCCAGCCCCAGCGGCGGCUCCGGGGGGAGCGGGAGCGGGCCCGGGCCGGGCGCCGCCAGCAGCAGCAGCAGCAUGCAGGGUAAACGCAAAGCGCUGAAGUUAAAUUUUGCAAAUCCACCCUUCAAGUCCACAGCAAGAUUUACUCUAAAUACUUCUGGAGUUCCUUUCCAAAAUCCACACAUAGAGAGACUGAGAACACACAGCAUUGAAUCAUCAGGAAAAUUGAAGAUUUCCCCUGAGCAACAUUGGGAUUUUACAGCAGAGGACUUGAAAGACCUUGGAGAAAUUGGACGAGGCGCUUAUGGUUCUGUCAACAAAAUGGUCCACAAACCAAGUGGGCAAAUUAUGGCAGUUAAAAGAAUUCGGUCGACAGUGGAUGAGAAGGAGCAGAAGCAGCUUCUGAUGGACCUUGAUGUAGUGAUGCGAAGCAGUGACUGCCCGUAUAUUGUUCAGUUUUAUGGCGCACUCUUCAGAGAGGGUGACUGUUGGAUCUGUAUGGAGCUCAUGUCUACCUCGUUUGAUAAGUUUUACAAAUAUGUAUAUAGUGUAUUAGAUGAUGUUAUUCCAGAAGAAAUCUUAGGCAAAAUCACUUUAGCUACUGUGAAAGCACUAAACCACUUAAAAGAAAACUUGAAAAUCAUUCACAGAGACAUCAAACCUUCCAAUAUUCUUCUGGACAGAAAUGGAAAUAUUAAACUCUGUGACUUUGGCAUUAGCGGACAGCUCGUGGACUCCAUUGCCAAAACGCGGGAUGCAGGGUGCCGGCCGUACAUGGCGCCGGAGAGGAUAGACCCCAGCGCGUCCAGGCAGGGCUACGACGUGCGCUCGGACGUCUGGAGCCUGGGGAUUACCUUGUACGAGCUGGCCACGGGGCGAUUCCCCUACCCCAAGUGGAACAGUGUGUUUGACCAGUUGACACAGGUAGUGAAAGGAGACCCACCACAGCUGAGUAACUCAGAGGAAAGGGAGUUUUCCCCAAGUUUCAUCAACUUCGUCAACUUGUGCCUUACAAAGGACGAGUCCAAAAGGCCAAAGUACAAAGAGCUUCUGAAACAUCCCUUCAUCCUGAUGUAUGAGGAACGCACAGUGGAUGUUGCAUGCUAUGUUUGUAAAAUCCUGGAUCAAAUGCCAGCAACUCCCAGCUCUCCAAUGUACGUGGAUUGAUACUGCUGCUACAUCAAACUCUAGAAAAAGGGCUGAGAGAAAACAAGCUGUAAAGAAUUUUCAUCACAUAUUGCAGUGUUUUUAAUGCUCGCCCAGACACCAUGUGCAAUAAUAUUGGUGUUAUUUCCAUCCUGUCUGUAUACUGUUGUCACAUAUAAAGUGCAUCCCUGUAAUAUCUGAUCACACAGUGUUAGUGUUGGUCACAGAGAGACCUCAUCUUGCUCUUUUGUGGACAUAUUCAUGAAAUGUGGAAAUAAGUACAUUUAUUUGUUGACUGUGAUUGGAUAGCACCUAAAAUUCAUUUCUAGACUCAAAACUUGGAGACUCCUCAGCAGCUACUGGAAAGAUUUUUCUCUCAAACUCUUCCGAUUGUUGUUUCAAGUAAUAAUAAAAAGCAAACAAACAAAAGUUAGGCGUUGUCUGUCUGAACAUUAAGAGACUUUGCCUGGAGGGAGAAGAACUUGCUUAACCAACAAGAUGCUUUGCCUUCUGGAGCUGGAAAGGCAAAGGAGAAUUUUAUUCUUCACAAAGUGCAAUAGAUUUACUGCUAUGAAAUUCUGUUGCUUUACAGUCGCAGUGUACUUUCUGGGGACAGUGUGCUCAGCUGAACUUCCUGUUAAAGAGAGAUCAUGUUAAAUAUAGUGAAUAUGUCUUUACCAAAAAUAUGUUGCAUUGAAAGAGGCUAACAUUAAACUAUUGAGAUGGGACAUAAUGUAUUCUUCCUCCUUUUACCAAGCCAGCCACUCUUCACUCUUAACUAGGUGUCCUGUAAAUUGUUACCUGGUAAGAUAAGACCUUUGACCUGAAGAAUUAUUAAACUACUUGAUUGAAUUUAA